AUGGUGGCGGCGUGGCAGGGCCGGCCAAUGCACGAGCCGCACGUCGGUGGCGUCCCUCGCUCUGUGCUGCAGCGGUUGUUCGCGAUGCCGUCUGAAGGCGGUCCAGGCACGCCAAUCCACAGCCCCCGUCGUCGCUGCUCCGCCGCGUCGGCUGCGGUUGCGGCCAUGGUGCACAGCCCCCGAGCCUUCGCCAACGGCGAGCGAAGCCCCCUUAAGAAGCGAGACCCCACCGCCCAAACGUAUCAGUGCUUUUCUCCGACCCCGGAAUUCGGUAGUUACGGGAGCAGUAGCAACUGCAGCAGUCGCUGCAGCAGUCCGAUUCCGAUCAGCCACUUCCCGGACCGCCCGAUCCCGUCAGACGACGAAGGAGACGAGAGCGAGGAAGAGGUCGCCAUGCUGCGCCAACAGGUAGCGCUGCUGAUCAAAAGCCUUGAGGACGAGAAGAAGCGGCGCGCGUCCGAACAGCACCUCAUGCAGACCAAAAUCAUCGAGCUCCAGGGCUUGAUCCGAGGCAACGCGCACGAAGACGAAGACGGAUUGGAGUCGGACGCCAAUGAGAGGCUGGAGAACAACCAGGUGAGGCGAUGGUCGGCUCCCGUGGAUGAAGACGAAGGAGUUGAGUCGUCGCCUUGCGGUUGUUCGCGGAAGCAAGUGGAUACGAGCGGAGAGGCCGCUGCCAAACUGCAGCUCACCAGGCUCCGAGCGCGUAUGCACGCUAUUGUCAUCGACUCACAACGCGAGACCCAAACACUUCGAGCCCAACUGGAAGGUGCGAAGCGAAGCCACGGCAAGCGGGAGAAGCAGCUCACGCUCGAGACGACAAUCAAAGUCGCAGCACUUGAGCAGAAGCACGCCGUAGCCACGACUCGGCUGGCGCAGCAGGCUGCAAACAGCGCUGCACAGGUGGAGAAGCUGCAGGCCGAAAAGCAGGAGCUCCUGGCAUGUAUGCAGGCGCAGCAAGAGCGUCUCACGCAGCUGGAGCUUGCUCUCGGCGGCAAGCAGAUCGUGGAUGCCUCCUCUCGGUGA